AUGAUGCAGGGCAUAACACAAACAGUUGUGUAUCAAUUCCCGACGUUCAAUUAUUCAGUCCCAAUACAACCAUCUCCAACAACAAAAAUUCGUGAUGUGCUUGUCUCCAUAGCAACACAUUUCAAAAUCGACCAAAACAACUUGGAGGCGGUUUAUAAUGACAUUGUGAUACCUUAUACACUCUUUUCUGAACUUCCCUACCCAGUCACAAACCCGAUCACCAUCCGCUUUGUCAAAGAGGUUUUUCCAGUGUCUGUGGAGGUUGAAGGAAAAACGGAGUUGGUGAAUGUCACGCCGCUUGACUCGGUGCAGAACGUUAUAGACAUGCUCUUCCCGAAAUUUGGGAAGGUGCGGAUCUGGUUGAUGAAAAACAAGACGAAGGUACCCAUCACUAAGCACACCCUUAUAUUAACUCUUAACAUACUGGAUUUCUCAUUCAAAACAGCGUAUUUCUUUGCCGCAGUUAAAAAGCGAAUCACCGUCAAAUUGUAUAACCACAGCUACCCAUAUUCAGUCGACAGUGCAAUGCUUGUGUGGGACUUGAAGAAGCAAAUUUGUGAAGAUUUCAGUCGAGAUCCUGCUGCAGUCGUUCUGCAAACCGAUGGCAAGAUCAUAUCAGCAGCUCAAAAGUUGUUUGACGUCUUGGGAAGUGACGGUUCCGUGUCAAUCAAGGUGGCAAGAAUGAAAGGCGCAAAAAUCUUUGUUGAGGGGUUAGGGAAGUCGUACGAGAUCUGCGUGGAACUCGAGAAGACCGUCGAGGCUGUCGUGAAGAUACUUCACUUCAUCGACGCAACACCUUUGGAGGGGAUUGUUGUGGUGUAUAAAGGAAGGCCGCUUGCUUUCAGUGAGUGUCUUACGACCGUUGGCGUGAAAGAAGGUGAUGUCAUGACUUUGACUCACUAA